AUACUCCUCUUACUCCUAACCCCUUCCCCUUCUCUUCCCUUUCACAUUUUCUCUCUCCAAAUUAGUUUUGUUUCUUUAAAGGGUCUCUUUUUUGACCACCAUCACCACCCUCUCUUUCUUCCCUGCUUCCUCCUAUGUGCUUCUACCUUUCCUAUUUUGUUAUCCCAUCAUUCGUACAUACAUACAUUCAUUGUCUCUCUAUCUCUAUCUCUCUCUCUCUCCUUGCCUGUGCAAAUAAAUUAUUGAUUUUUAGGGGUACUAUAUAAUCUAAACCUUAGCCAUGUUUUUGAUCCAUCAAAACCUCUGAAAAAAAAAACAAAAAAAAACCUCUCUUCUCUGUAUCUUUCUCUCUUUUUUUUGUUUCAAUCAUGGGUGCUUGUCUUUCUGCCACCAAAGUCAGUGGCUCUAACAGCAACACCCAAAACCACACAACCGUCAAUCACAACCGCAGAGAGAGAACAAAAUCACAAACGACGACGACGACGACGACGACGACGGCAACUACGAAGAAACACGAGGCUUCGAGUCAUCAGAGACAGACCAAAGCGAAUGAGAGGAAUUCACAUCAGCUGAGACCCAAAGAAAAACCCGUUUCGAGAAGACAAAGUGGGGUGAUCCCAUGUGGAAAGCGCACCGACUUCGGGUACGCUAAGGAUUUCGACAAUUGUUACACGAUUGGAAAGUUGUUGGGACACGGUCAGUUCGGCUAUACCUAUGUUGCUACCGACAAGUCGAAUGGGGAUCGAGUCGCCGUCAAGAGGAUUGAGAAGAAUAAGAUGGUUCUUCCUAUUGCUGUUGAGGAUGUGAAGCGAGAGGUCAAGAUUUUGCAAGCCCUUACAGGUCACGAGAAUGUUGUUCAGUUUUAUAAUGCAUUUGAGGAUGAGUCUUAUGUGUAUAUAGUAAUGGAGUUAUGUGAGGGUGGUGAAUUGCUGGAUCGGAUAUUGGCCAAGAAGGACAGCCGUUAUUCUGAGAAAGAUGCAGCAGUAGUUGUACGGCAGAUGCUCAAAGUUGCAGCUGAGUGUCAUUUACAUGGAUUGGUACAUCGAGACAUGAAACCAGAGAAUUUUCUUUUUAAGUCGACUAGAGUGGAUUCAGCUUUGAAAGCCACAGAUUUUGGUUUGUCAGAUUUCAUUAAGCCAGGAAAGAAGUUUCAAGAUAUUGUUGGCAGCGCUUAUUAUGUCGCUCCUGAAGUAUUGAAACGCAAGUCUGGGCCUGAAUCAGAUGUCUGGAGUAUUGGUGUGAUUACCUACAUUUUGCUCUGUGGGAGGCGCCCCUUCUGGGAUAAGACUGAAGAUGGUAUAUUUAAGGAGGUCUUAAGAAACAAGCCUGAUUUUCGCCGCAAACCAUGGCCAACCAUAAGCAACAGUGCUAAAGAUUUUGUAAAGAAGUUACUGGUGAAGGAUCCUCGGGCAAGACUAACUGCUGCCCAGGCCCUAUCACACCCAUGGGUUAGAGAAGGAGGUGACGCAUCAGAGAUCCCUAUUGAUAUAUCUGUUCUUAAUAAUAUGCGACAAUUUGUGAAAUACAGUCGGUUGAAACAGUUUGCUUUAAGGGCAUUGGCUAGCACAAUUGAUGAUGAGGAGCUUGCCGAUCUCAAGGAUCAAUUUUCUGCUAUUGAUGUGGACAAAAAUGGUGCUAUUAGUCUAGAAGAAAUGAGACAGGCCCUUGCUAAAGAUCUCCCUUGGAAGAUGAAAGAACCACGUGUCUUAGAGAUUCUGCAAGCGAUUGACAGCAACACAGAUGGCCUUGUUGAUUUCACGGAGUUCGUGGCAGCUGCUCUACAUGUGCAUCAAUUAGAGGAGCACGACUCUGAGAAGUGGCACCAGCGGUCUCAAGCUGCAUUUGAGAAGUUUGACAUAGAUAAAGAUGGUUUUAUUACUCCAGAGGAACUGAGACUGCACACGGGCUUAAGGGGCUCCAUUGACCCACUUCUUGAGGAAGCCGAUAUUGACAAAGAUGGGAAGAUAAGUCUAUCAGAAUUCCGUAGACUUUUAAGAACUGCAAGCAUUAGUUCACGAAAUGUGAGUAGCCCUUCCGUGCACCGGAAUUCCCAGAAGAAGUAGAUUGGAACUGGAGUUUUGAAGAUUGAGAGAAGUGAUAGAGGUUAAGAGAGGUGGAGUUCCUUUUUCUUAGAUUUUUUUAAUUAAAAAUUCUACUCAAUCAUAGAGAUGCCCUCAUCUACUUCUAUCACUAUCCUGUGGAGCUCCUUAAACUCGAGUAUUAUAUGAUAGGAUUCUGGAUAGGUUUGUGAAUACAAUUCAUCCAGAAUUGUUUGAUAUGAGUUGGUGUGGAUCUGCAUGACAGAUGGCUCCAGGUAUGUUGGUUAAACUGGUCUACAUCCUUUUGGAGUAUUCGGAAUUUCUUGUUCAUUCCCUACAAAUUGUAACGUGUGACUAUAAAUAAAUUGUUAAUGAAAAUUAUUGGAUUAGGAUUCA